GAGGCUCAGCCCUUCCUUCUUCGUGCCCACCAUCUCAUCUCCGGGACGGUGAGGGACCCCUGCAGUCCCCUGAGCGGAGGCUAGCAGGGACAGAGACUAUGAGGCAAGCAGCCCAUCGACCCAGGCCUCCUUAGGACCAGCCCUGGCACCCAGCAAGCAAGUCAGCGUCAGCGGGAGAGGAGAUAAAAGGACCACGGAUAAAGGACCACAGCGGUUCAUUGGGGGAUCACUUCCAGCAGUGUCUGAAGACCCUAGCUACGCUGAGGGGACAUGAUGGAUGGCCAGAUUUGCAGAUGCUGACACACACCACCUUGGACGCGUGGGGCUGCCCAACACUGACAGGCUCAGACACGAUCCGCGACAGCAUCACCCGCUGCCACAGCCCGCAAUACAGACCCCCCCACACACACGCAGAAACAACUGGUAACUCUGAAACAGGCACAGUGACACACAACACCCCUCUCCUCAACACACACGAGUGGGGACACCCAUCCUCCAAAUACAAAAUACACACAAGACAGCACUGACCUGUGGGACUGACCUGGAGACACGCACACAAACAUACACCCUCAGCCAAGCGCUGCCGUUGGUGGCCUCUGUACACGCUUCCCCACCCUCACGGGGACACCCUGCCUCUCCACAUUCUCACGCAUGCACACAAUCACGCGCAAACAUAGCUGACAUAGCCCCAGCUCCAGCUCUGGCAGCCCGGCGCUUCCUGCAGCCUCCUUCGUGGGUGGGAAGAACUCAGCCUCAGAUGGAGCCUCUUUAAAGCCAAGCGCUCCGAGGGGAAGGGGUCUGGCCUGGCAUGACCCUCUCAAGACCCUUUAUUUGGCUGGGUGAUGUCCCCUAGUCUGGAUUCUGAGGACCCUGGGCAAUACCAUGGAGCAACUGACAACCCUCCCGCGGCCUGGAGACCUUGGAACUACGGAACCCUGGGUACUGCCCGCCUGGCACAGCUGGAUUCCAGGCCAGGGGGGCGAACCUGGAGACACAGCCCCUAGCAUUGCUGAUACUCCCACAGCUCUUCAGGUUAGAAGACUGAGGCCUGAGGAGAGUUCCGAGCCUGAGGGAACCCAGAGCCCUGGGCCUGUUGGGAACACUGACCCUGAAGGACCAGAGGCUGGGCUGCCCUGGCUAGGGCAGGAAGCAGCAGUCUUUGGAUGCAGUUGUCCCAGGCUGGAGGAUGAGGAGGUACAAGCUUUGCGUAAGGCCAAGCUGAACAUGGGCCUUGGGGACAGGCCCAAUCUGGAGCUGCUGAGGGCCCUGAGGGAUUUGCAGCAGCGCUGUGCCAUCCUUAAGGAGGAAAACCAGAUGCUGAGAAAGAGCAGUUUCCCUGAGACCGAGGAGAAGGUGCAGAGGUUGAAGAGGAAGAACGCCGAGCUGGCGGUCAUUGCCAAGCGCCUGGAGGAGAGGGCUCAGAAGCUGCAGGAGACGAACCUAAGGGUGGUGAGUGCCCCUGUGCCCCGGCCAGGGGCCAGCCUGGAGUUGUGCCGGAAGGCCCUAGCCCGCCAGCGAGCCCGGGACCUCAGUGAGACAGCCAGUGCACUGCUAGCCAAGGACAAGCAGAUUGCUACCUUACAGCGGGAGUGCAGGGAGCUGCAAGCCAGGCUGUCCCUGGUAGGAAAGGAGGGUCCCCAGUGGCUCCACGUGCGGGACUUUGACCGGUUGCUGCGUGAGUCCCAGCGUGAGGUGCUGAGGCUGCAAAGACAGAUCGCCCUGCGCAACCAGAGGGAACCGCCCCCACCACCCCGGCCCCCGGGCUCCACUGUCCCCUCCAGAGCUGGGGCACCGGCCCCCGGGGCCCCGGGAGAGGUCACACCCCAGGAGGAUGUGGACACCCCACCCGUGAUCCUAGAGGAGCCAGAGAAACAGCAGAGAGUGCAGCAGCUGGAGUCUGAGCUCAGCAAGAAACGGAAGAUAUGCGAGAAUCUGGAACUGGAAGCCCGGAAAAAGCAGAGGCGAUGUGAGGAGCUGGAGCUGCAGCUGAGAGAGGCCCAGAAUGCGAAUGCCCGCCUUGUGGAGGAGAACUCCAGGCUCAGUGGCAGAGCCACCGAGAAGGAGCAGGUGGAAUGGGAAAAUGCGGAGCUGAGGGGCCAGCUCCUGGGGGUGACACGGGAGCGGGACUCAGCCCUUCGGAAGAGCCAGGGCCUGCAGAGCAAGCUGGAGAGCCUGGAGCAGGCGCUCAAGCACAUGCGGGAGGUGGCCCAGAGGAGGCAGCAGCUGGAGGUGGAGCAUGAGCAGGCUCGGCUCAGCCUGUUGGAGAAGCAGGAGGAAGUCCGGAGACUGCAGCAGGCCCAAGCAGAAGCUAAAAGGGAACAUGAAGGGGCCGUGCAGCUGCUGGAGUCUACCUUGGAUUCCAUGCAGGCCCGGGUUCGAGAGCUCGAGGGGCAGUGCCGCAGUCAAACAGAGCGCUUUAGUCUUCUGGCUCAGGAGCUUCAGGCCUUCCGUCUGCACCCAGGCCCCCUGGAUCUGCUUACUUCUGCCCUGGGCUGCAGUGCCCUCGGGGACCACCCACCACCCCCUUGUUGCUGCUCUACCCCUCAGCCCGGCCGGGGGUCUGGCCCCAAAGAUCCUGACCUCCCGCCAGGCUCCCCUGGACGCUGUACUCAGAAGUCUUCUGAGCUUGCCCCUGCCACCCUUACUGGGGUCCCUCGAAGGACAGCCAAGAAGGCAGAGUCUCUCUCUAACUCCUCUCGCUCAGAGUCCGUCCACAACAGCCCCAAAUCAUGCCCUACACCAGAGGUGGACACAGCCAGUGAGGUGGAGGAGCUGGAGGUAGACAGCAUCUCUCUGCUCCCAGCGGCACCAGAGGGGAACCCAGGAGGAGCCAGAAUCCAGGUCUUCCUAGCACGCUAUAGCUACAACCCCUUUGAGGGUCCCAAUGAGAACCCAGAGGCGGAGCUUCCACUGACAGCGGGCGAAUACAUCUACAUCUAUGGCAACAUGGACGAGGAUGGCUUUUUUGAAGGAGAGCUCAUGGAUGGCCGAAGGGGCCUGGUCCCUUCCAAUUUUGUAGAGCGAGUAUCUGAUGACGACCUCCUGACCUCUCUCCCCGUGGAGCUGGCCGAUUUGUCACACAGCUCGGGCCCUGAACUCAGUUUUAUGAGCGGAGGUGGGGGUGGCAGCAGUAGCGGGGGCCAGAGCAGCAGGGGACACAGCCAGCCCAGGUCAGAGGAGGCUGCAGCAGAAGAGCUCAGUCUGAGCCCCCCACCUGAGGGCCUGGGCGAGUCUCUGACUGCGCCUUAUCCCCGUCAUCUCAUGGUCCUCAAGCAGCUAGCCCACAGUGUGGUGCUGGCCUGGGAGCUGCCUCCUGAGAAAGCCGACCUCCGCGGCUUUCAUGUCUGUGUCAACGGGGAACUGCGUCAGACGCUGGGACCCGGGGCGCCCCCGAAGGCUGUGCUUGAAAACUUGGACCUGCGGGCCGGGCCUCUCCAGGUCUCUGUUCAGGCGCUGACCAGCAGGGGCAGCUCUGAUCCUCUUCGCUGUUGCCUGGCUGUGGGUGCGGGGGCGGGGGUUGUACCCAGACAGCUGCGGAUCCACCGGUUGACAGCCACGUCUGCUGAGAUCACCUGGGUGCCUGGCAAUAGCAACUUGGCCCAUGCCAUCUACCUCAAUGGGGAAGAGUGUCCACGUGCCCGCCCCAGCACCUACUGGGCCACCUUCUGCCAUCUGCGGCCUGGAACACUCUAUCAGGCUCGAGUGGAGGCUCAGCUCCCACCCUGGGGGUCCUGGCAAUCAGGCUGCGAGAGGCCAGAGCAGCGGUCUGCCACCCUCCAGUUUACCACACUUCCGGCAGGACCCCCUGAUGCCCCUCUGGAUGUACAGAUUGAAGCAGGGCCUUCCCCUGGAAUCUUGACCAUCAGCUGGCUCCCUGUCACUAUUGAUGCUGCUGGUACCUCCAAUGGAGUCCGGGUCACAGGCUAUGCCGUCUAUGCCGAUGGGCAGAAGGUCAUGGAGGUGGCUUCCCCCACAGCAGGCAGCGUGCUGGUGGAGGUGUCCCAGCUGCAGCUGCUGCAGGAGUGCCGUGAGGUGACCGUACGCACCAUGUCCUCCCAUGGCGAGUCGGCUGACUCCAUCCCAGCUCCUGUUGCUCCAGCCCUGGUUCCAGCCUGCCAGUUAGCCAGGGGCUCCUGCCCCUCACCACGAGCAAGCCCAGAGGUCAGAACACCCCUUGCUCCAGCCUCUCCGGGGCCUGGGGACCCCAGCUCUCCCCUCCGGUAUCCUUCCUCCCAUGGAACUCAAGAUCCUCCAGCAAGCCCUUCCAUGGAGACAUCCAGAGGACCUCAACAAGAGUCUCCAGUCCCUUGCCCUCAGGAAGAGGCCAGGGCAGCUGUGCUGGGUGCCUCGCAGGAGAGGAGGACUAGUGAGCUAAGCCUGGGCGAGGGAGGCCCUGGCCCUGCAGUUCCCUCCCUGACCAAGCAGGAGGCUGAGUGGACCUCGGAAGAGGCCAGCCCCACUCAAGGAGCACUGGCCCCGAGGGUACCAAGUGCUGAGGUCUGCCAUGGAGAAGAUCUGGGCUCAGGCUUGCAACCCACAGCUGAGAAAGAGGAGACAACAGAACUUGGUGUUCGCUUGGUGAACUCCAUUGUGGAUCACAGCCGCAACUCAGAUCUAUCAGACAUCCAGGAGGAAGAGGAGGAGGAGGAGGAAGAGGACCUAGGUUCUGGGACUUGUUCCUUGCAGCAGCAGGUUGCUGGCAACAGCAUCAGGGAGAAUGGGACCAAGCCUGACCCCUUUUGUGAGACUGACAGCGACGAGGAGAUCUUGGAGCAGAUCCUGGAACUGCCCCUCCAGCAGUUCUGCAGCAAGAAGCUCUUCAGCAUCCCGGAGGAGGAGGAGGAAGAGGAGGAUAAGGAAGAAGAGGCAGAGGAGAAGCCAGGGGCUGGCUCUUCUCCCCAAGACCCCGGCCAGCCUGAACUUGCAUUGCUGGAGCUAGGCUGUGGCAGUGGCCAGUCCCAGGGACCUGGCCCAUGUCCCUUGUCUCCUGAGCCCUCCAUGGCCAGGGACUACCCGGAAGAAAUGCCGGGAAUACUACUACUUGGUGGAAGCAGCCGUAGGAGAGGAGGAGGCUCCCCUGAGAAGCCACCAAACCGCAAGCGGCCACCAGAUCCCCGUGAACACUGUAGCCGGCUUCUUAGCAAUGGCGGGCCCCAGGCCUCUGCCCGGCCAAGCAACACCCCGCGGGAGAGGGGUGGCCUCCCUGUGGUUGAGGGCACCAGGGGUGGACUGGAGGCUGGUGGGAGAGGGCGUCCGGGCCUUUCUCGGAGGUGUCCCCGUGGCCCGGCUCCAGAAUCCAGCCUGGUCAGCUGCCUGUCCCCCAAGUGCUUAGAGAUCAGCGUGGAAUAUGAUUCUGAGGAUGAGCAGGAGCCCGGCCUCGGCAUCACGAGCUCCUGUUACCCCGCAGAUGGGGAGGCCUGGGACACAGCACCUCUGAGAAGGCCCAGGGGCCCUCUGAAGGUCAAUUCAGGCCCCAACCCCUACCUGCACCUCCCAGCCUGGGAGAAAGGGGAACCCGAGCGGAGAGGCCGCGGUACCACUGGCAGAACCAAGGAGCCACCCUCCCGGGCAACAGACACUGGGGAGCCCAGAGGGCAGGACAACUCUGGGCGGAGGGGACCCCAGAGGAGAGGGGCCCGGGCACCCAGGCUUGGUGUCACUGAGCUGGGCCCUCCGAGGAACACUCCAGAAGCACCAGCUCAUCAGGAUUUACCCGUGAGGGUCUUUGUGGCUCUGUUUGACUAUGACCCUGUGUCAAUGUCACCCAACCCUGACGCUGGAGAAGAGGAGCUUCCCUUCCGGGAGGGCCAGAUCCUAAAGGUGUUUGGAGAGAAGGAUGCGGAUGGCUUCUACCGGGGUGAAGGUGGGGGACGUGUAGGCUACAUCCCCUGCAACAUGGUGGCUGAGGUGGCUGUGGAUAGUCCAGCGGGCAGACAGCAGCUGCUGCAGCGGGGUUUCUUGUCUCCAGAUGUUCUCACUGAGGGCUCAGGGAAUAGUCCCUUUGUGUACUCCACAGCCCGAGCAACUGGACCUCCUCCCAAGCCCCGCCGUUCCAAAAAGGUAGAGUUAGAAGACUCUGCUCAGCUCUCUCCAGGCCCUCCCAAGCUGAUCACCUCUGCUAGCCUGAAGGUUCCCCGGCCCAUGGUGGCUGCAUUUGACUACAACCCAUGGGAGAAUUCCCCCAAUAUGGACGUGGAGGCAGAGCUGACCUUCAAGGCAGGGGAUGUCAUUACUGUGUUUGGGAACAUGGAUGAUGAUGGCUUUUACUAUGGAGAACUGAAUGGACAGAGGGGCCUGGUUCCAUCCAACUUCCUGGAGGGCCCUGGGCCUGAGGUGGGUGGCCCAGAGAGGGAGCCUGGGAUAUCGCAGGCUGAGAAUCAGGACUGGGGCAGCACAACACAAGGGUCCCCAGUGCCCUCAGGCUGGCACUGUGCCCCCAGCCCACACAGCUCCCCCAGGACCGAACUGGGGGAGCCACAGGGCACAGCCGAAAAGGUGCGAGGUCUCCUCUCCAAGGGGAAGGAGCUCCUUAGAAAGCUGGGUUCUGGAAAGAAGGAGUGAAGCCACUGCACCCAUCCUGCAGGCAGAAGUGGCUUGGUCCCUGGAGGCUCCCCGGUCACCACGGUGACUGGGCAGGGAAGCCCAGUGAGCUCAGAGCUCCUGAUCUCUGAGUGAACACUGUGGCACUCAGAAGAAUCCAAGGGACUAGGUGACGGGGUCUACGCUGGGUCCUCAAGGAUGAGUCCUCUAGAUGGGUCUGUUCCUCUUCAGGGAGGGGAACUGAGCCCCAGCGUGAGUAACUUAACCAAGGUCAUCAAGCAUCCGAUCAGACCAGAACUGGACCCAUGAUUCUUGACUCUCAGUCCACCCUCAUAGUCCAAUCCUAGUUCCUACCACUAUACUGGCCCCUUCUUUGGCCCUCCCUUCUCCCAGGACAGGACCUGGGUGGAGAUAAGGGCCACUCUUCUAAUGGCUCUGGCUCUCUUGAACAUGUCUUCCCUCCCUCGAAUGAACAUUUGCACUGGAGUCUCCCCCCCCACCCCGACCCCCACCGGGGCAGUGGGCAGAGCCGUGUAUAUAUGUGUACAUACUCAGUGCCUCGUCCAGCUCCUCCAUCUCGCUUCCACCGCACAGGCCCCGGGAAGGAGAAAGGUCAUGCCAAAGCGGGCCUGACCCCGCCCCACCGUGCUCCACCCCCUCCCUGCCCAGGCCACCUGGCCCCUGUCUCAUCCCAUCUCCCUCAAGCCCGGGGGAGGGGGGGACCAGGGAGCAGAAAGCAGGAGUUGGGGUUGCCUUAUUUUGCUCAUUGGAUUCAACUUUCUCUUUUGCAUCAUUUUCUUGUGGCCCCUGUUGGAGUCCGGGGGCUAAGGGAAAGGACAGAUUUAUGCAGCUAUUUUCAUACAUUCCCUGUUCAGAGCGGGUAGGGAGUUCUCUAUCCUUAUCCUAGCCACCCCAUUCCCUCACCCCCCGGUUGGGUGGGACUCUGCAUGUUUCCUUGGCUGUGGUUGGAGAUUGUUUGACUGAGCCCCCGCCCCACCUUAGUCUCCAGGGUUGUGCAAUGGUUCGGGGCAUUUGUUUAAAAAGACAUUUUAUUAUAAUAAAGUCUAUUUUCACAAAAUC